UAUCGUUUACCCUUCGCGACCUCUCUCUCUCUCUCUCUCUCUCUCUCUCUCUCUCUCUCUCUCACACACACAGCUUCUUGUACCGUUUAUCAUGGGAGAUAGUCAGUAUUCAUUUUCUCUUACCACAUUUAGCCCUUCUGGAAAGCUUGUUCAGAUUGAACAUGCUUUGACAGCUGUUGGGUCUGGACAAACGUCUCUGGGGAUUAAAGCUGCAAAUGGAGUUGUCAUUGCAACAGAGAAGAAACUUCCAUCUAUAUUGGUUGAUGAAGCAUCGGUCCAGAAAAUUCAGUUAUUAACACCAAACAUUGGUGUCGUAUAUAGUGGUAUGGGUCCUGAUUUUCGAGUUUUGGUUCGAAAAAGCAGGAAACAGGCUGAGCAGUAUCACAGAUUAUAUAAAGAACCAAUCCCUGUCACUCAACUCGUAAGGGAAGUUGCUGCUGUUAUGCAGGAAUUUACUCAGUCUGGUGGUGUUAGGCCUUUUGGAGUGUCCCUGCUGGUUGCUGGCUUUGAUGAUAAUGGUCCACAAUUAUAUCAGGUGGAUCCAUCAGGUUCUUAUUUUUCUUGGAAAGCUUCUGCUAUGGGGAAAAAUGUUUCUAAUGCAAAGACAUUUCUGGAGAAGAGGUACACAGAUGAUAUGGAGCUUGAUGAUGCAGUCCACACAGCAAUAUUGACCCUGAAGGAAGGGUUUGAGGGGCAGAUCUCAGGAAAAAACAUUGAAAUUGGCAUAAUUGGUGCGGACAAAAAGUUCAGGGUAUUGACACCAGCUGAAAUUGAUGAUUAUUUGGGUGAAGUAGAAUAAUCUGGGGUGAAGGAAUAUGUUCCUGAAGUUGGUGUUUGUUUGACAGUUGAGUUUAAUUGAAUUUCAAGAAGGGUGCUUGAAUGAACACUUGCGCGAUGGCACUGGGGAAUUUGUGAGCUACUCUUGUGGCCAGCAAGCCCUUCAGAUAAACCUUUUUUUAAUGUCAUCAAUGUAACCAAACAAACAUAGCUUGUUUAAAUAUAAUGAUGAUAUGGCAAUGACUUUAGUGAGUUUUUGUAAUUUACUUUCUUCCUUUUAUUAUCUGACUCUGCUUUAUCCAUCUAUCUAUUAUUUUAGAUCUUUUUAGUCAAGUUCAAUGCAUUAUAAUUGCAUUGGGAUAUCAAACUCGGUCAAUGCAACAAGC